AUGAGUGAUGUGUCCAAAUCUAAGACGAGGACAUCAGUUCGCCGGCAGCGGUCGAUAUACCAGGUGCAUUACUGCCUGGAGCGGCGGCGCGGCGUGGAGAUGAAGCCGCUGGUGCUGCCGUCAGACCUCGGCGUGCAGGCCUUCGACCUGCAGGUGGCCGGCCACCAGAGCACGAACAACUCCAAAUAUAUGGGCCUUCUCCAAUGCAGCAACGGGACAAUACUCAAGCCCAUCCUGAAGCCAUGUCAGCAGCGCGAAGUAGAUUUCUACACUCGCCUACAAACUACUGACGAGCCAGAUUUACUGGAAUUGCGCAAACUAGUGCCCAAAUACUUCGGGCGAACACAUUAUACGUACCAGGGCCAUCAACAGGAGUACAUAGUGCUUGAAGAUCUGACGCAGAGGAUGAUGGAGCAAUGCGUCAUGGACGUCAAGAUUGGUAGAAGGACAUGGGACCCACUCGCGACAGAAGAGAAGAUCAAGAACGAACAGAACAAGUACGCGCUGUGCAAGCAGCAGUACGGGUUCUGUAUCCCCGGGUACCAGGUGGUGGAGCUGGCCACGGGCCGGGGCAGGCGCUACGGCAAGGAUCACGGCAAGAAGCUGCACGGAGACAUGGUUAAGGAUGCCAUUAGGCGGUACUUGAACGGCUGUGGCAGUGCCGGCAUCUGCCGCUCGCUUCUGCUGCAACUCCUAGCUUCUCUAUGGCGCGUACAGGAUUGGGCGCGGCAUCAAACCCGGGCAAAACUGUACUGCACAUCGCUGCUUCUACUGUACGACGCGACCAAACUGCGGGCCUGCUGCGAAUCGCGCGCUAAAUGUUCCACGCCGCCUUCUCGUCGCAGCUCAGUUACGGCCCCCCCUUCCGGCGGCGGGCCCUUAGGCGGCCAACUGGCCCCAAAAGGACCUCUAUACAAACUGCGACCCCCUCGACCUGCACCUACCCCUACCCCAGAUCCUCCCCUGACCUCCCCCUGGACAGAAGCCUACGACAAAAUGACCCACAACCAUUCCUUCGAUCACAAUUACGAAGAAAACCUCACCAAAAUGAAGGCAGACUAUAGAACUUUACUGGAAGAACUGUCCAGCGAUCUCCCAACCCCUAAUACGUGGGCUACGGUCAAAAUCAUAGACUUCGCGCACGUGUUCUUCAAUGAGGACGACGAAAAGGCACUGGACGACAAUUUCAGGGAGGGCAUAGACAAUUUCGUUGCGAUAUUCGAGAGCUUUCUACAAAAAAAAAAAUUAGUCAUCAUCCCUAUUCAUUGUUGUAUAACUCUUGCGAUAUCAAGUUUUACCAAAAUCCCAAUUGAUUUUAGCCGAAUACUAAACUUGCACCGCCUUAUUCCAACUAAAGUUAGUCUUGGUUUAAAUAUAAUGCUUUCUCAGUCUUCUUAUUAG